AUGGUUACUGUUCUCACGUUUGCAUGCUUGUCUCAGCCCCACCUCCUUUAUUCACCCGGGAAUGGGGAAUGCCCCUUGCAGCUUCUAGGUCCGGCCAGGUGUGAUAUAUCAGUCAGCUCCUUCGCGAUUGACUAUCUGGCCGAUAACAAUAUGGAGAGGAACAACAGCCAUAUCUCGAUGAUAGCUCUCGGGGCUGCUCUUUGUUUCUUCUAUGUGAUAAAGAUCCUGCGGCGCAAAUGGAUACAGUCCCAGAUUAUCAGAGACACCCACUGUGAACCGGCAGCGCUGGGCUCGAAGGAUCGCCAUUUUGGCAUCGAUGUACUUCUGCAAAACUUCCACGCAGCCAAAAACCACCGUCUCCUCGAACUCAUUCAGCGCCGAUUCCAACAAUACGGAAAUACAUUUCGGGUAAAGCGGUUCGCAACCCCUUUUAUUAUCACCUGUGAACCGGCAAAUUUAAAAGCUGUUUUAUCCGUUAAAUUCAAAGAUUAUGGUCUGGGAAGUCGUAUCGAGACGUUCGGACCGCUACUGGGCCACGGCAUCUUUACCUCUGACGGUGAGCACUGGGCUCAAUCCCGCGCCAUGGUGCGCCCCAACUUCGUGAAGGACCAGAUCGCAGAUUUAGAAAAGCUCGAGGAAUUGAUGCUGGGUCUACUGGAGUUGAUCCCUACAGACGGCUCAACUGUGGACCUACAGGAUCUCUUCUUCUGCUAUACCCUCGAUUCCGCCACCGAGUUCCUCUUUGGCCACAGUGUCCAGAGCUUGAACCAGCUUCGUUCCGGUGUAGUAUCUGGCGAGAACUCUUUUGCUUCGGCUUUUAACUAUGCCCAGCAUGCUAUCGCUAGAAACACCCGUCUCGGUUUCUUGCGGCGGUUUGUUCGUGACCACAAGGCGAUGCGAUCCAAUCGUAUCUGUCAUAAUUUGGUUGAGCAGUUUAUUGAUAAGGCUCUCAAGUACCGUGAAGACUAUACAAAGAAGACUUCCGGUGACGAGGAAAGGCGCUCCCGCUAUUUGUUCUUGCAAGGUCUGGCUGAACAUACAGGUGACCGCGACCGCAUCCGUGAUGAACUCAUGAACGUUCUCCUUGCCGGCCGUGAUACCACCGCAUCGCUACUGAGCAAUUUGUUCUUCAUGCUGGCAAGGAACCCAAAUAUCUGGAAGAAGCUGCGUGAGGAGGUCGCGACGCUUAACGGUUGCGCGCCCACGUACCAGCAGCUUCGGAAUCUGACUUAUCUCAAACACUGUCUAAAUGAGUCGCUCCGUUUUCACCCAGUUGUCCCAGUAAAUUCUCGUAAAGCACUCAGCAAUACUGUGCUGCCAGUCGGUGGCGGUCCCGGCGGGAGAUCCCCUGUUUUCGUGCCCAAGGGCACUAUCGUGUUCUACAGCGUGUGGGCAAUGCAUCGCCGUCAAGAUCUUUAUGGACCUGACGCAAAUGAGUUCCGCCCGGAGCGCUGGGCAGAUCUGCGCCCAGGAUGGGAAUACUUACCAUUUAACGGUGGUCCUCGGAUUUGCAUCGGCCAACAAUAUGCUUUGACUGAAGCCGGAUACGUUACUGUCCGUCUAGCACAGCAGUUCUCGACUCUGGAGAGCAGGGACUCUGGCCCGUGGGAGGAAGCACUCACCCUGACUCUGUGCUCUCGAAAUGGAACCAAGAUGUUAUUCUGGAAUACCCUCGCAUCAGAUGAAGUUGAUCUCCCGUUUUCAGCAUGGUUGGGUACUUUCAAUGAGCCGAGAUAA